AUGACAAUUAAAGGUAUUGUUUCAGAUGUUAAAGAGAUUGUAAAAGUACUUAAAUGUAAAUGUAGUGAAGAGAGAAUAGAAUAUAUAGCACUGGGUGUGGAAAAAUAUAUAAAUGGGAUUUUAGAUGAAGCAGAAAAACAAGUUAAAGAUAAAAAUAGAGUUAUAGUGACUGAAAAUGAUAUUUAUGAUAUUUUAGAGGAGAGAAACGUUCCAUUCUUAGAAUUUCUUAAACCCAAAAAUAAUGAAUAA